CGUCGUCGUCGUCUUCUUCUUCCCGUGUUCGAUAUUCCCCUGUCGGCCGGUAAUAUAAGUCAGUCGCCAAUCGCCUCGGGUCCAUCCAUUUCGCUUCUCCUCCUCCUACUGUUUGUCUUAUCUCCCCUUUCUCUUUCUCUCACUUUCGGAGUCGGUUUCUUUCUCUUUCUCUCAAUUCUAAAUUCUAAAGGUUAGAAUUGAAAUGGGGCGCCUGCCUUCCACGUGUGGAAGGGAAUAAGGGUGGUUGGGGAAUGGGGGCUUCCCUUCGCUUUCCUCGCGCUCCCUCUGCUCCUCCAGCGCACCCGUCUUCAAGCCGAGCCAGGAACGCAGACCCAAGCACAAAAGAAACAAAAAUAAGGAAGGAUACGAGAGAGAGAUUUGGAGCGAGCGGCGCCGCGCAGCAGCAAAGAUUCACUCCUGCGAUUGUUGGGAAGCAAGUUUCUCGGAGCUUUGCUUUCUUUUUUUGGUAAUAAUUAACAGAAAUGGAUGGUAAUAGAGAAAUAACAAGGCGAUGAAUGAUUUGUGGAGUGGGGGCGGUUAGAAAAUUUGAAAGCUCUACUCUUAAAUUCCUUGUCCCUGUCUAUUUUCCAUCGUAUUCCUGUCGGGAACGAAAAGAUUAAAAAAAAAAAAAAAAAAAAAAAAAACAACAAGAAGAGAGAAACUCAACAUAUAGCUGCAGCUUAACGUGAGAACACAAAAGAAAAGAAAAGAAGAAGAAGAAAUUGAAGUUGUGAGCGUUGAGGAGCACGAAGCAUCGCUCUGGGACAUCGUGGUGUGGGCUCGCUCAUUCGCUUUGCUCUGAUUGCAGGCAGAGGCGUCGGACGGCGUUAAGCCGUGCUGGUGGGAUGGGCCUCGGCAUCCGGAGAUCCAUGGCCGGAUGAAUCUCCUCUCUCUCGCUGUUUCAAGCCUCGACCAUAACGGAAAAAGUCGAAGAAAGGGACGCCUUUGCGAUCAAGGAUCUCGGCGGCAUUGAUCCAUGGAUUAGUGAAGCAAGUCGAUGCAGACAAGGGCCGGUUUUCUUUUUUUCCCACCUCAGGGCUCGUCGCGCGGGCCAUUUUUGUUCGAUGGCGAAGUUUGCCAUCAUCCUCCGUACUAGCUUCGUUGGCAUAAUUCCGGGAGGUAAAUAAGAUCCGGUUUCCAUCAGUUUCUCUCCUCACCGUACCACACACCGAUCGAUCGAUUUGCUUACCUCCUGUUGCCCUCGGCAUCACGCUAUCUGCGGGUCGGCAGGGUUGGUAGAAGUCAUCCUGUGUACUCGAAUUUUUUCUAGGGUUCGAAGUUUCUUGUUUUCGCUCGAUCUGUCGACCGAUGGUGCCCGGAUUUAUUUGCAUAGUUUAUGCUUAGGUAUCCAGUGCCAAACAAGCAGAGUUCAGGAGUACAUGAAAUCUUUCUCCAAGGACUUCUCUUGGAAUGGACUGGAAUGCCAAGGCUACCUUGCAGUGGGAUUGGGAACAUUUGACGAUAUUCGGUGGGAAAGAAAGCAAGCUCUCUGGACCUGCACAGCAACAUGAGUGGAAGGUUGAAGGUGCGGGAGGAAUCGGCGAUGCAACUUUGUAUUCAUCUAGCAGGGGUGCGUGCUCUGGCUCGGAAUUGGGCAAUGACUCGUCCAGGAGUUCCAUCUCGGCCUCCAUGUGUUCUUCGUCAAAGGCAGCGAUUAAAGUGCCAGAGUUUAACUUCGAGCCAGUUGAAGGGUUUCCUAAGAAUCUAAGCAAGAGCAAAGAAUUAGCCAGGGGGGAAGACACGGGAACUUCUCCUGUAGCCAUGGCUAAAGUUGGUCCUGGAGAACCACCAAUAGGUCUGAAGCUUGGCAAGAGGACCUACUUUGAAGAUAUCUACGCAGGGAAUAGCAUCAAGAAUCCAUCUGCUUCUUCUGUGAUGCCAUCAACUGGCUCGGUUAAGAGGACAAGGGUGUCUCAUCAGAGCAUUCGGACUACCUAUUGCCAGGUCGAAGGUUGUAACAUUGAUCUCACUGCAGCUAAAGAUUAUCAUCGCAAGCACAGAGUCUGUGAAAGCCAUUCUAGAUCACCCAAGGUUCUUCUUGCUGGUCAGGAGUGCCGGUUCUGUCAACAGUGUAGCAGGUUCCAUGACUUGUCCGAGUUUGAUCAGAAAAAACGAAGCUGCCGCAGACGUUUAUCUGAUCAUAAUGCACGUCGACGCAAGCCACAGCCAAAAAUUAUCUCAUUUAAUUCUUCAAGGCUUUCUUCAUCAUUUUAUGAUGAUAGACAACAGAUGAAUCUUCUUUUGAGUCAAGUUCCCUUUGAUCACACGCAGUCCAUCACAAGCUCCAUAUGGGAAGACUCAGUUGGAUUCGCAUGUACACAAAUAAAAGAGUCUCAACUGAAGUCAACGAAAGCUGGAGGCAUUGACAGACAGCUGCAUCUUCCUGGCAGUGAGCUGUUGAAUAAUAUUUCCACUCUUCAUCAUGACUUAGAUAAGCUCUUUCCUUUCAAGGGCACCACUGCCGAGGUCCUCAGUCAAGGUCUGGGGGCAUCUGUCGUUGCUUCCAGCUUGGAUGGAGCACCGGAUCUUCGGCGUGCUCUCUCUCUUCUGUCAACUGAUUCUUUGUGUUCGGCCGAAGCAGGGCCAAUUUCUCACACUCGAUAUGUGAGCGUAAACAACACUACUGCAGCUCGUCCUGCAAUGCAUGCGGUAGACACGUCCCCGGGAUUUUGGGAGGUUGUGCAGCCUGUCGCUCAACAUACACAGGUGCUGCCAUUUGACCUGCAGAGCGAUGGUGGUCGGUUUCAGGAGAUUCAGCUGCUAAAAACACCUUAUGAGGCCACCCUCUUUGAUUCCAGUCAGAUGCAUUGAUAAUCUCCAGUCAGAGGGCCAUUCUAUUGCGUCCAAAGCAUGAGGUUGCUUUUCUACUUCUGCUAUGAGCUUCCAUGCGACCCUCUCAUCACGAGCAUAAAUUUAGCAGCAAUUCUGGAAAUAAGGAGUUGAUACAAAACUUUCGUUAAUAUGAUAAAUAUUGGUGCGAGAUGAUAUGGCAGCCAUGAUAAAUAUAGUUGCGAGAUGACAUGGCUGCCCUUAUAAUCGUGACUAGUUUGUUCAGUCUCAGGUAUCUGGCAAACUUCUAGUGAAGGAUGCUGCAGCUGCAACUACCUGCGGUUAUCAGCUGGAGAAAUAAAAGUGCGACUCCUCAAGGCAGUGGUUUGUUGUUAUUAUUACUGUUCAUUUCCUUCAUGGAUGCUGAAAGGCGGUUCUUUGGAGGACUUUGUGGAGCUUUAUUGAUGUUGUUGUGUUUAGGCCUUGAACUUCUUUUACCCUUGGACAAAUUGUAUCUUGGAACCCCAAGUAUGUCCUUCUCAUAUCCUUGGCAUAAAAAUUUGGGCGCACAUCAUCGAGAGCACUGCAUAUAGUCAUUAUUAGCAGUUGGCGGCCCAUCAUCUGUUUCCUCAUUCUGAAUCGAGUUUGUCAUUUGACCUUGC